UCAUACGGACAGCGGCGAUGUCAACAGUGCAAUGUUGCAUCUUACUCAAAGAGUACAGACCGUUUUACGAAAUAUGGACAUUUGAGAGACUAACGCGAUUAUCUUCUGGAUACUUCUGUGGAUACACCAUUCAAAUGAGCAGAAUAAACAGAUUUCAUUAUCUUGCGCUGAUAACAUGAAUGAAAAGUGCAUGUCGUGAGCGAACCAGAGUCUGCAAGGAGCGAUUCUCAAUUGCAAAUCUGCCAUUUAAAUGGGACGAAAAGCGGAUGUAAAUAUUUAAAGUGCACAUGGAUUUUUCUGCUCUGCUUGUUAUCGUUAAAUGAGAGAGGUAAGCAUCUGUCCAACAUCAACUAUCAAAUAUUUGUCAGACAUGAAAGUGAAGAUGCAUGCAGAACAAUUUCAAAUGAAAUGUUAAGAUGUGACGUGAUCACCGUUUGCGUUGUGUGUGAACUAAAAGCAAUAUGUCGAGUACGUUCAUUAUUUUCUAACUAAAUAAGUGAUCCAGCAUUAAACAACCAUGGUAGAACCGGUUGGUUUUGUGGAAGCAUGGAAAGCUCAGUUUCCUGAUUCAGAUCCUCCUGAAAUGGCUUUGAACUCUGUGGGAGACAUUGAGCAGGAGCUGGAGAAAUGCAGAAACUCUAUCAGGAGACUGGAGAUGGAAGUGAACAAAGAGCGCUUUCGAAUGAUCUACCUGCAAACAUUUCUGGCCAAGGAGAGAAGAAGCCACGAUUCUCAAAGAUGGGGCUUCAGUAAGGUCUCGCAAGGUGACCGGAACCAACCAGCAUCCACAAACUCCCAACAUCAGCUGCCUGGGAAAGUGGAUGGCAGCAGGUGUCUUCCUGCUAAACCGAGGCACACAACAACCACAGGUUUGUCCCCAGAGGAGAACCGUGAGUCUCAGCUGUCUGUUGAGGUGGAGGAAGGGGAUAUCUCAGACCGGGACAGACAGAAAAACAGAGAUGGAGAAACGGAUGGCAUGUCUCCGUCCAAAAAAAGGAGUGUUGACACUCCCCAACGGCCCAUUGCUGGCCGUGGUUCUGGACACCAUGAGGUGGAUGGUGUUCCUGAGUCUCCACCAAAGGAGAAAGCAAGCAUGGGGUUGGGAGUUGCAGCUCUUAGGUCAAACUUUGAACGUAUUAGGCGUGCCAAUUCUCAAACAUCAGGGGAGGGCAAGAGUGAGAGGCCUUACUAUGUGAAUAUGGAAUACCACCAUGACAAAGGCCUUGUUAGAGUCAAUAAUAGAGAAGUCUCUGAAAAGAUAAGUAGUUUGGGUAGUCAGGCUAUGGAGAUGGAGCGGAAAAGGUCCUUACACUCUGUACCGGGUAAUCUCUCCACUGCUUUUGGGGAUGUCUGUAAACCAGAGAGAUCUACACACCAUGACAACUGUGAGUUUGAAGAUGCAGAUCUGAAUCCUCAGUUACUCAAAGAUGGUUCUAUACGACUCAACGGAGGGAAGACUGAGUCUCACAGAGCUCCUCAACCGAACUGGCAACAGUCUGACUGUCAGCCCUAUACAACCGUUUAUGUGGGGGGCAUUAUGGGAGACGGGGAGGAUUUGCAUCUGACUUGGCCCAGGCGAUCAUACUCACCUGGGAGUUUUGAGGAUGGCUACACACCCGAUUGCAGCUCCAAUGAAAAUCUGACCUCCAGCGAAGAGGACUUUUCCUCAGGUCAGUCCAGCCACGUGUCCCCAAGCCCCACCGCCUACCAUAUGUACCGAGAGAAGAGUCGCUCCCCAUCCCAGCACUCUCAGCAGUCGUUUGAGAGUGGCAGUCCUCCUACACCACACUCCCAGAAACGUCUCAGGCAACAACUAGUGCUCUCUGAGGGCAAUGUUGUUGGUGUCCGCAAGAUCUGGCCUUCUGAUGGAAGCUCCAACAACUUCAACAACAGUUUCCAUGGAGAUCUGGACAUCCCAUUUGGUGGAACCCCACCUCCAGUAUACACUUUUGAUGGUGACCGAGGGGAGGACCAGCGUGCGCAAACUGACCUUGCGUCCCACACAGAUGACUCCCUCUCCUCCCCGCGCCUUCACCCGAAGGGUCGGAGCAUUAGACAGACCCCCUCCUCAGGAUCCCUGGAGUCCAAUAAAUUAAUGGAGCUGGAAGUAAAGAAAGGGCUGGAGAUGAGGAAAUGGGUUCUAUCAGGGAUCCUUGCCUGUGAGGAGACCUAUCUCAGCCACUUGGAGGCGCUCUUACUACCUAUGAAGCCCCUGAAAGCUGCUGCAACCACCUCCCAGCCUGUGUUAACCCUGCAGCAGAUAGAGACCAUUUUCUUCAAAGUGCCUGAGCUCCAUGAGAUCCACAAAGACUUUUAUGAUGGCCUGUUACCUAGGGUGCAACAGUGGAGCCACCGUCAAUGUGUGGGCGACCUCUUCCAGAAACUGGCCAGCCAGCUCGGGGUGUAUAGGGCUUUUGUAGACAACUAUAAGGUUGCUGUGGAAAUGGCGGAAAAGUGUUGUCAGGCGAAUUCACAGUUUGCAGAGAUUUCAGAGAAUCUGAAAGUCAAGAGCACUAAGGAGGUUAAAGAUCAAAAUGCCAAGAACUCUUUGGAAACCUUACUGUAUAAACCAGUGGAUCGAGUCACUCGCAGUACUCUAGUCCUCCAUGACCUGUUGAAACACACCCCAUCCAGUCACCCAGAUCACCCUCUGCUGCAGGACGCCCUCCGUAUCUCUCAGAACUUCUUGUCCAGCAUUAAUGAGGAGAUCACACCCCGCCGUCAGUCUAUGACAGUGAAGAAAGGAGAGAAUCGACAGCUUCUCAGAGACCAGUUUAUGGUGGAGUUAGUGGAAGGGACACGAAAACUGCGUCAUGUCUUCCUCUUUACUGACCUGCUGCUUUGUGCCAAAUUGAAGAAACAAACUGGAGGGAAGGGCCAGCAGUAUGACUGUAAGUGGUAUAUCCCACUAGCUGACAUCACCUUUCAAACCAUUGAUGAAUCGGAGUCCUCACCAGUCCCCCAGAUACCAGAAGAAGAGAUAGACGCCAUGAAAGUCAAGAUCUCCCAGAUCAAGAAUGAGAUUCAGAGAGAAAAGAGAGUGUGUAAAGGUGGUAAAGUCUUCGAUCGUCUCAGGAAGAAACUGUGUGAACAAGAAUCGCUGCUGCUCCUCAUGUCUCCAUGUAUGGCCUUUAGAGUCAAUAACAGGAACGGCAAGGGCUACACAUUCCUGAUCUCAUCCGAUUAUGAGCGAGAAGAAUGGAGGGAGACCUUUCGGGAGCAGCAGAAAAAGUGUUACAAGAGUUUCUCUUUGACUUCAUUGGAGUUGCAAAUGCUCACCAACUCCUGCGUGAAGCUCCAGACAGUUCAUUCUAUUCCACUGACAAUCAAUAAAGAAGAUGAUGAAUCCACAGGGCUUUACGGCUUUCUGAAUGUGAUUGUUCAUUCUGGAUCAGGCCUGAAACAAAGCUUGAAUCUGUAUUGUACCUUAGAAGUUGAUUCUUUCGGCUACUUUGUGAACAAAGCCAAGACUCGUGUGUACAGAGACACCACAGAGCCGAAUUGGAAUGAGGAGUUUGAAAUUGAGCUGGAGGGCUCUCAGACCCUCAGGCUCCUGUGCUACAGUAAGCUCAAACAGAACAGGGAUGAUGGGGAGAACAUGGAUCGCCUCAUGGCCAAGGGACAGAUCCAGCUGGAUCCUCAAUCGCUGCAGGGUAAAGACUGGCAGAAGACAGUAAUCAGCAUGAAUGGGACUGAGGUCAAGCUGUCUAUGCGGUUUACAAGCAGAGAGUUCAGUCUGAAGAGAAUGCCCUCCAGGAAGCAGUCCGGGGUGUUUGGGGUUAAAAUCGGGGCAGUCACAAAACGGGAGCACUCUAAAGUGCCUCUUAUUGUGAGACAGUGUGUAGAGGAGAUUGAGCGCAGAGGGAUGGAGGAAGUUGGCAUCUAUCGAGUCUCUGGGGUUGCCACUGACAUCCAGGCCCUGAAAGCUGCCUUUGAUGCCAAUAACAAAGAUGUAUCAGUUAUGAUGAGCGAAAUGGACGUGAAUGCCAUUGCUGGAACACUAAAGCUCUACUUCAGAGAGCUUCCUGAGCCCCUUUUUACAGAUGAACUCUACGCAAAUUUCUCUGAAGGCAUCGCUUUGUCUGACAGUGUGGCAAAGGAAAGCUGUAUGCUCAACUUGCUGCUCUCACUUCCUGAACCCAACCUGCUGACUUUCCUGUUUUUGCUGGACCAUCUGAAGAGGGUGGCUGAGAAUGAGAUCGUCAACAAAAUGUCCUUCCACAAUCUCGCCACAGUGUUUGGUCCCACCCUCCUUCGACCCUCUGAGAAGGACAGUAAAAUCCCAGCCAAUCCCACACAGCCCAUUUCUAUGAGUGACAGCUGGUCUCUUGAGGUUAUGUCUCAGGUCCAGGUAUUACUGUAUUUCCUUCAGUUGGAGGCAAUCCCUACUCCAGACAGUAAACGGCAGAGUAUGCUCUUCUCUACUGAGGUGUAAGGGAAGGGCAUUAUUUGUGAGUGGUCUGCUCCGGUGCAUUAGGAUUUUGAAUGGCCUGGGACCGAAGUGAUUCAUCAUGUGACCAGUAGAGAGCGCCAACAACUUACUGAGAUAUUUCAAGCGCACCUUUCUUAUCUCAGAACUGUUCCCAGCGAAUUCCCAAUUGAGUUUGUAGCUUUCCGUUUAAUUGAUAUGAUUAAGGUGGAGUAAUAGAUAAUGGAGGAUGACAAGCCAGAUAUCUUCUCAUGGACUCUCUGUUUCAAGCACUUAAAAGUUACAGUCAAUGUGCAGUUGAUAUGGUUUAUUUUCACUGUAUCUAGUGAAUGUUACCCUUGCAUUUUUUUUAUAUAUAUCUUGUUCCUUUCAUGCUCUGUGGAUUUAUAAAGAAUUCCACAUUCCAGGUUUCCAUGACCAUUUUAUUUGAUCUGACAUUUUCCUCACCUAUGAUUUAUGUCUUCCUUUGGUGAGGGCUACGGAACAUCUGACACACACAAAUGGCAAGGAGGACAAAAUUUAAACAACCUUCUCUGAUGAAUAAAAAACACAAUGCAGAGAAUUCAAAUGUGAGAUUCUUUAACCAAUAUUGUAAUGAUGUUCAAUGCCAGUAAUUUAUCAAAGAGACCCAUGCAUGUAGCUAGCAGUGUGUUAUAAACAAACAGAGAAUAUAUACAGCACAAUUACAGUUCUACCGUUCCUCAUGGUUUUAUGCCACAUAAAUCCAAUUUAUUUUGGAUCAAUCAGCCUAUAUUAAAACAAGCUACAAAAUUAUACAGUGUAUUUUUGAGGGUUACAUCGCAUGAUAUUAUAGGACAAUAACACAUUAUUUUCAGAACGUUCCAAAUUUGAAAACUUGUUUAAAAUUCACAUACCAUAAAAAUAGUCAUAGUUUUAACACCUUUAUACAAUUUGCCUAUGAAGGUGUCACUGAUUAUCUGUACAUGCUUGACUGUAACUGUUGGACUUAAUAUAUUAAAUUGAAGAGUUCUCUAUCAUAAUAUAUUAAAGAAUAAUAUAUUAAAAUGGACAUAGGAGUUCUCCAUCAGAGUAAUAUUUCUGCUAAACUAUGUACUGUUCAAGCAAGAUGUUACAUAGGUUUGUGCCAUAUGGCAAUGCUACAAAAAUGUAUGUGCUCUCUUUGACUGUGCUCAGUAUACACCGACUUAUUGAGAAAAAAAGCAACUUAAUAAUUCAACCAAUUUGUGAUGUUAAAGUAUCUAUUUUAGACCCUGAAAUAUAUACACAGUUGAAGUCAGAAGUUUAUAUGCCCCUUAGAAAACAUUCCCUGUCUAAGUCAGUUAGGAUCACUACUUCUAUUCGUUGAGAGAAUUAUUUAUUUCAGCUUUUAUUUCUUUCAUCCCAUUCCCAGUGGGUAAGAAGUUUAUGUACAAUUUGUUAGUAAUUGGUAGCAUUACCUUUAAAUUGUUUAACUUGGGUUAAAUGUUUUGGGUAGCCUUCCACAAGCUUCUCACAAUAAGUUGCUGGAAUUUUGGCCCAUUCCUCCAGACAGAACUGGUGAAACUGAGUCAGGUUUGUAGGCCUCCUUGCUUGCACACACUUUUUCAGUUAUGCCCACAAAUUUUCUAUCGGAUUGAUGUCAGGGCUUUGUGAUGCCUGCUCCAAUACCUUGACUUUGUUGUCCUUAAGCCAUUUUGCCACAACUUUGGAGGUAUGCUUGGGGUCAUUGUCCAUUUGGAAGACCAAUUUGCGACCGAGCUUCAACUUCUUGGCUGAUGUCUUGAGAUGUUGCUUCAAUAUAUCCACAUACAUUUCCUUCCUCAUGAUGCCAUCUAUUUUAUGAAGUGCACCUGUCCCUCCUGCUGCAAAGCAACCCCACAACAUGAUGCUGCCACCCCCAUGCUUCACGGUUGGGAUGGUGUUCUUCGGCUUACAAGCCUCACCAUUUUUCCUCCAAACAUAACAAUGAUCAUUAUGACCAAACAGUUCAAGUCAAUGGUUUGGAGCAGUGUCUUCCUUGCUGGGCAGCCUUUCAUGUUAUGUCGAUAUAGGACUCAUUUUUACUGAGGAUAUAGAUACUUGACUACUUGUUUUAUCCAGCAUCUUCUCAAGGUCCUUUGCUGUUGUUUUAGGAUUGAUUUUCACUUUUCACACCAAUCUACGUGCAUCUCUACGAGACAGACUGCGUCUCCAUCCUGAGCGGUAUGAUGGCUGCGUGGUCCCAUGGUGCUUAUAGUUGCAUACUAUUGUUUGUACAGAUGAACGUGGUACAUUCAGGCAUGUGGAAAUUGCUCCCAAGAAUGAACCAGACUUGUGGAGGUCUUGACUGAUUUCUUUUGAUUUUCCCAUGAUGUCAAGCAAAGAGUUUUCCAAGCUGCUUAAAGGCACAGUAAACUUAGUGUAUGUAAACUUCUGUCCCACUGGAAUUGUGAUAUAGUCGAUUAAAAACAAAACAAUCUGUCUGUAAACAAUUGUUGGAAAAAUAACUUGUAUCCUGCACAAAGUAGAUAUAGUUUGCUAAAAUGAAAUCUGUAGAGUGGUUAAAAAAUUUUUUUAAUGACCUCAGUAUGUAAGUGUAUGUAAAUUUCUGACUUCGAGUGUGUGUGUGUGUGUGUGUGUGUGAGAGAGAGAGAGAGAGAGAGAGAGAGAGAGUGUGAGUGAGUGAGUGAGUGAGAGAAAAAAAUAACGUAUUUGUUUGAGGGAUAUAUAUAUAUAUAUAUAUAUAUAUAUAUAUAUAUAUAUAUCAAACACAGGCGGCCAAAAGUUUGGAAUAAUGUACAGAUUUUGCUGUUUCGGAGGGAAUUGGGGUUUUAAUUCACCAAAGUGGCAUUCAACUGAUCACAAAGUAUAGUCAUGUAAAAUGAGUGAUGGUGAUGUAAAAAACAGCACCAUCACUAUUUGAAAAAGGUAAUUUUUGAUCAAAUCUAGACAGGCCCCAUUUCCAAAAGCCAUCACUCCAAAACCUUAUACUACAUUCUAAAUUGCUAAUUUGGUCCUAGAAAAUCACUUGCCAUUAUAUCAAACACUGCUGAAAGCUAUUUGUUUCUUUAAAUGAAGCUUAACAUUGUCUUUGUCUUUAGUUUUUGAGUUGCCACAGUAUGCAAUAGACUGGCAUGUCUUAUGGCAAUAUUAGGUCUUAAAUGGCAAAAAAGAAACAUCUUUCUCUAGAGACUCGUCAGUUAAUAAUUGUUUUGAGGAAUGAAGGCUUUACAAUGCUUGAAAUUGCCAAAAAACUGAAGAUUUCGUUCACUAAGGUGUACACUACAGUCUUAAAAGACAAAGAAAACUGUUUCUAACAAGGGCAGAAAGAGAUGUGGAAGGCCAGACGUAAAACUAAACAAGAGGAUAAGUACAUCAGAGUCUCUAGUUUGAGAAAUAGAUGCCUCACAUGUCCUCAACUGUCAGCUUCAUUGAAUUAUACCUGCUCAACACCAGUUUCAUGUACAACAGUAAAGAGAAGACUCAGGGGUGCAGGCCUUACGGGAAGAACCGCAAAGAAAAGGCCACUUUUGAAACGGAGAAACAAAAAUGUUAGAGUGGGCAAAGAAACACAGACAUUGGACAACAGAUAAUUGGAAAAGAGUUUUAUGGAUCUUAACCCCAUUGAACUUUUGUGGGAUCAGCUAGACUGUAAGGUGCAUGAGAAGUGCCCGACAUGAUAGCCACAUCUAUGGCAAGUGCUACAGGAAGUGUGGGGUGAAAUGUCACCUGAGUAUCUGGACAAACUGACAGCUAGAAUGGCAAGGAUCUGCAAAGAUGUAAUUGCUGUAUGUGGAGGAAUUUUGAUGAGAAAUCUUUUUAGUAGUUUAAGUUCUGAAUUUUUUUAUCAAUUUCAUUAUCAAUGUCCUGACUAUAUAUUGUGAUCACUUGAAUGCCAAGUGAAUAAAAGUAACAAUUUCUUUCCAUAUAAGAGCAAAAUCUGUACAUUAUUCCAAGUGUGUGUGUGUGUGUGUACAGCUAUCAGUUUUAUGUUCAGAACAUAUGAGAAGUUGUAUAUCAUUAUAUGUCAAGUAACAUGCAGGCAUGUUGAUUUAUGACUUGUUAUUUUUCUUUUAGAUUUUUCUCAGAGAUCUCUUUUGUUACUGUCUAAAAGUUCACAUUGUAUCACUGAUUCUUUAAGGUUGUGUAUUUCUUUUACAGUUAGGAAACUGAAACAAACCUUUUAUUUUGUUGAUUAUUGCCUUUUAAAGGGUUAGUUCACCCAAAAAUGAAACCUCUGUCAUCAUUUACUCACCUUACUCAUUCAUUCCAACCCCAUAUGACUUUCUUUAUUCUGUGGAUAACAAAAGGAGAUGCUAGACAGAAUGGUUGAACUAUCCCUUCAAAGUAAUUGUUUUCAAAAACUUGCAGAUGCAGUAAAUUCAAAUGCAGAUAUUUUAAUAUGUUCUGGAAACUGCUAUUCCUUUCUAUCAAUGUGUCUCAGCUACUAUAGAGCCAUUUCUCUGUUUUUCUCUCUUUUGAUUGGUCUGUUACUUGCUGUACAGAUGAUAAUAGUCCUGGCUGCAAUUUAAAAAAUGAGCCUCCAUGAUGAGGAAAAAUUCUGUAUUGCACAGUGUGGGUUAAGGAGAUGGAUCACAAUAAAUAACAUUUGU